CCUUAUUUAGGACACGUGUGAAAUAGCAGCCAUUGUUUACUAGAAAUAGUGACGAAGGGAAAAAUACACAAAAAUGCAAACAUUGGUAAACGCAUUUAUCCGUUGUCUCUAUUUUCUCCUCCCUCCCUCUUGGCUUCAUCUUGGAGUUUGCUGGUGGAUUGGGGAUGAGUGCGGAAAGAUGACAUGGCCCAAUCCCAGAGCGCGUUUCAAAAGCAGAACGCUUCUUACAUAUCAGGAAGUAACCUUACAAGACGGCUCCAUCCCCUCGGUCUCCCCAGUUCCUAGCUGCGUCUCGCUAGCUGCUAGCUCCACGCCACCCCAGGGUUCUCCGUGGGGUAGAAUUUGGGGGCUCUGGCAAGCUGUGGAGCGCAUCUUCGGGGCUUCCUUGGCCAUCCACCGGUGUGGGUGUCAAAAGCGUCGAGGUGUGUGUGCCCCGUAUUCUUGCGACUUCAAUUGUUGUAUUACAGGGAAUAAAUGCUUUCAUGAAAGCACUACCACUGGUGUAGCCGAGGAGGAAGUGAACGAACCGGGUGAAAACGCAUUUAUUUCGGGUAAAAUGACGAGUGCCACCAUGGAGUUUCAGAAACAUAUCGAAUCUGCAUUAGGUUCGUCAGCGGGACGGGAAAUCGACGAGGUAAUAAUUGUGGAUCAACACCUGCAGGAGAUGGGGACUCAAGUGAUGAUAACAGUGGCCAUUCAAGCGGCAGACGACGAGGAACCAGAGGAGGAGGUGUCCUCAAACAAUCUCGAUUUCCUCGGAGGCAGCUGUAGUGAAGACGAAUUUGGAAGACAUGAUAAAUCCAGUGGCGCUGGCACGAGUGGCGGUGAGCUGGAGGAGGAGAGCUGGCAGCCCCCAGACCCAGAGCUGACCCAGAAGCUGGUGGCCCAGAUCGAGUACUACCUGUCGGAUGAGAACCUGGAGCACGAUGCCUUCCUGCUCAAACACGUCCGACGCAACAAGAUGGGCUUCGUCAGUGUCAAACUGCUCACCUCCUUCAAGAAGGUGAAGCACUUGACGCGAGACUGGAGAACAACUGCAUAUGCUCUGCGCCACUCGACAAUACUUGAGCUAAAUGAUGAGGGGCGCAAAGUGCGUCGCAGAUCAACAGUGCCUGUGUUUGCCAGUGAGUCUCUACCAAGCCGUAUGCUGCUACUCAGCGAGCUGCAGAGCUGGCCAGAGCUGGGUGUGGCGAUGGAGGGUGGGGCUGGCGACGGGAGUGAGGGCGGCGCUACCCAACAGGAACAACUGAUGAAGCUGCUGCUGAAAGCGUUUGGAACAUAUGGAGCCAUAGCCUCUGUGAGGGUGCUGAAGCUUGGCAAGGACCUGCCAGCCGACCUGAAGAAGCUGAGUGGCCGCUACACACAGCUGAGCACUGAGGAGUGCGCCAUCGUGGAGUAUGAGGAGGUGGAGGCUGCAGUCAAAGCCAACGAGGCUGUGGGCAGCGAGGAGGGGACAGGGUCUCUGGGGUUGAAGGUGGUCCUGAUCGGCACCAAGCCUCCCAAGAAGAAGGCCCCUAAAGAUCAGCGUCAGCGCGAGGAGGGAGUAGGAGGAAUGAGGAAGAGCCACUCACUCAACAGUCGGGUACGGGAGCUUCAGUAUCUCGACGACUCUGCCUGUAGCUCCUCAGAUACUGAGAGCAACCCCACCUCCCCCAGACUGGCCCGCAAAUCCCGCUCUGUCAAUAAGCUAAGUCCCACUGGAGGGGGUGCCACGUUCCAGAACAAUCACCUGAGCCCAGCUGUGUCCCCACGCACCAGCCCCUGGUCGAGCCCCCGGGCCAGCCCAUGCUCCCAACGCAAGUCUCCCCACUCCCAUAAGUCUCCUUUGGCCAGUGAGGGCAGACUGAGCCCUGAGGCUGGGCGACGUUGGGCGGACUACUCCUCAGACAGCAGCCUAACACCGUCCGGUAGCCCUUGGGUCCAGAGGCGCAGGCAGGUGGCCUCACAGGAGAGCAGCCCAGUAGGGAGCCCCAUGCUGGGUCGAAAGAUCCAGGGCGCAGACGGGCUUCCGCCAGGUGUAAUGCGUCUACCGCGUGGGCCUGAUGGAACACGUGGUUUUCACUGUGGUGUGUCCAUUGGUGUUGCUGAGAGGGGAGAGAAGACCGCUUCUACCCAAACCUGACACUCAGAACCCACCCACCCAACCCCCCCUAUGCCCCCAGUUCUAAAGCAGUACACUGAGUACAGCGAUGAGAUUUGGCCCAGUCCUUUGGCCACGACAUUGACAUUCUUCAUCCCCCGCCCCACAUUUGAAUGGUCGUAGAUUUGUUCUGUUUAAUAGUUUGGAGAUUUGCCUGUCUUUGUUAUACUUUUUAUACAAUAUUUUGUUUAAAAACAUGGUGACGCCUAAUUUAUGAAUAUUUAAGGUACAUUUUGAGUUUAUUAAAUUCAAAAUUGAGUACUGUAUUUGACACAAGUAAUGGUAUUUGUCACCUCCCAUUGCUAUCUAAGGUGUUGAGCAUGGGGCGGGGCAGAGAUUUACUUCAGUAACCCUAUUUUACUUUUUUAUUGGAAAGUUUCCAGUGUCAAUCUUAGUGUAAAAUCUCAUUUUGUAUGGAUGGUGUGAACAGUGGUAUGGGCACAUGGCGUGGAUAUCACCAUAUGCCUUUUGCUAUUUUUGUCUAUUGAGUAUCUAUUGAGACAUUGAGUUUGCUCCUUAAACUGUGGCCAUACUUUCCCUGCCAGAAGGUUGAACAGUUAUCACAUGGACUACUUUUUUAUUUUUCCUUAAAUGUUUUAUAUUUUUUCCUGGAUGCCUAACUUAAGCUUCCAAAGUAGGGGUUACUCUCCUAGCUCUGCAAAAAAUAUUAAAUGGGGGGGCCUUCCUUGGCUGGAAUCUGUUUCUAUCAGUGUAUAGUCCCCAACAACCUGUUUUUCAGGGGAAAUGCAAAGAGCCUGAUCAGACUUCUGCUUUUGGACGUUAUCAAGACACCACUCCAUCUUAACUCCUACACAUUUACUGGAUUGGUUGAACAGUGUAGAAGAGAACCUCCCCUGACACUUAUUUUUCUUGUCAAGACCAGUAUAUAGGGGAUCUGGUUUCAGGUGUUACUUUAACGCCUGCUAUGUCGGGUUAAUCAGUGUGUAGCAUGCUGGUAGUGGGGGAUGCAAUGUUCAGGUUUGAGUGUGCAAAAUGGAGAUGCUCUUGAACUCUUGACAUCUGAGCUUGGGUAAUGUGCAUUUUCUUUAUUGUACAAAAUAAAUCACAAAUUGCAUUUGG